AGUAGAUGAUAGAGCGAAUACGUACAAAACAGGAGAACUAGAGAUACCAUUGAUAAUGAGACUGCUACUUGUUUUAGGAUUCUAUAUUUGUGGAAUAUUACCAACACAAUUCAUUUCUCAUGCGUCGGUUGGUCGAGAGAUUGUUGCUACGAAUGUGCAUGUUCCUCAAUUUUUGCAACAAUUGCCGUCCAAUUUGAUAUUUAGUAACGAUUCAGGAAACUCUCAGCUAUCAUGCUCAAUAUACGGUUCUUCACAAGUGCAAAUAGCAUGGAUUUUGAGAGAUGGAACAGUUGCGAAAAAUGUCGCAGGCCUAAGACAAACCCUUCCGAAUGGUACCUUGUACUUUCCACCAUUCGCUGGUCACUUAUUUCGUACUGAAGUGCAUGACACCACUUACCGCUGUAGAGUUUCUUACCUUCACUACAUUUUGAUUAGCAAAGAUGUAAGAGUUCGUGCGAUCGUACGACAACCAUAUGAAAUAAUAGUAGAGAAAACUGAUGUAGUUCUCGGUAGUACUGCAUUUUUACAAUGCAACAUUUCCCCUCAUGCCCGCGAAUUUGUUCACGUGUCGGCAUGGUACCGUGAUAUGGAAAUGCUGAUUCCUGAUCGAUCGGAGUUAGGCAAGCGUUACAUCGUUACGUCUCCAAGUGGUGAUUUAUGCAUCCGAAAUGUUAAUAUCGAUGAUAGGCAGAAACAGUUCUCCUGCGUGUCAACUGAUGCACUAACGGGAGAAAGGAAAAUCAGCACUUCUGUAUUUUUAUCAAUAAAAGACUACAUUGCUGAUUCUGCUCCCGUUAGUACACAGCGGCCUGUGACUGAAAUAACAGCUGAUGUGGGCCACAACAUUCAGCUACCAUGUAAUGUACAAGGCAACCCUCAACCAGUAUUCACAUGGUUUCGCAUAUCCGAUUCUGAUUCACUAUAUACAGUCCCAUCAUCUCAACGAAUUACACCGUCGCAGUCAUUAUUAUUCAUAUGGAAAACCGAUGUAAUGGAUGGAGGAAGAUGGAUAUGCAAAGCAGCAAAUCAAUUUGGAGAGCAGAAGCUUCAAAUUCGCCUAACAAUUAACUCGGAAUUAUCAGCGCACAUCAUUCCACAGAUACAAGUCGUCAAUACGGGCAGUACAGCAAAAUUUAAUUGCAGUAUCGUCGGUUCGGAAAUCGGGAAAAUUGAGUGGUUUCAUAACGGACGUGCUCUAACGGAUAACGACCGCUUUGGAAAUGAUUUCGAAAGAGUCAGUAUCAUAUCAAGUACCGUCCUGAAAAUUGAUAAUAUUGGCAAGGAAGACCGUGGCGUUUACCAGUGUAUUGUGUCAAAUGCGAGGAGUAGUGCAGAGGCUAGUGCAGAACUGAAUAUUGGAGAGACCCCUCCGGAAAUCAUAUACAGCUUUAAAGAGCAAACUGUGCAUCCUGCUGCAUUUGUGUCUCUCAAAUGUAUGGCUUCUGGAUCACCACAUCCGCAGUUCACUUGGAUGCUCGAUUACCAACCAAUUGUAUCUUCAGUUCAUCGGUACACGUUCGAUCAGUUUAUCGAUGGAAACGGUCAUGUUACAACUCAUUUAAACAUUACACAUGUCAACGUAGAUGACGGCGGACUAUAUACGUGUAUUGCAUCAAAUCCGAUGGCAAGCGCAUCCCAAAAGGCUCGUCUUAACGUCUAUGGACCCCCGUAUGUAAGAGCUAUUGGCUCAAUCAAAGCGAUAUCUGGAGAAUACAAAGAAAUGUUAUGCCCAUUUUCCGGUUAUCCAAUUGAACAAAUAAGAUGGAUGCGUAAUGGACUGAAUAUAAGCUCAAAUUCCAGAUUCACGGUGGCUGAUAUAAACCAUGGAGGAACAUUGCGAAUCCAUAAAGUGGACGCAAUGCAAGAUAAAGGAGCUUUUACUUGUGUCGUUACUAGCCCAAACGGUGAUGAAGCUCGAAGAGAAAUACAACUGCUUGUUAAUAGUCCACCCGUAAUCGAGCCUUUUUCGUUUCCUAAACAUGUCAAGGUAGGCGGUAGAGCUCAGUUAACGUGUUCGGUAUCGUCCGGCGACAUUCCGAUUUACUUUAGCUGGAAAAAAGAUGACAUGAUGAUUCAACCCGGUUUACAAGUUACAGAGAAAAAAGAAGAAUUUUUUACAUUACUGAUUCUGAAAGAAAUUUCGGCCAAACAUAGUGGAAAAUACACGUGUUUUGCUCUCAACGCUGCGGCACAAGUGAAUUACACUGCCGAACUUCUUGUUCAAGUUCCUCCUACAUGGAAACGGGAACCAAACGACUUAUCUGUGAUCUUGGGAAACACUAUUUUAGUUCCAUGUGAUGCUGAAGGAUUUCCCCAACCUCGUAUAACAUGGUUAAGGGAUCAAGGGAAGAUGUCUAAGCAAUUCCAUUCGAUACCAUCGAAAAACAACACUCUCAGUGUUAACUACGCAACGCCAUCCGAUGCUGGAUAUUACAUGUGCGAGGCUUCAAAUGGAGUCGGAACUGACCUUUCCAAAAUCAUUCACAUUGAUGUAAACGUAGCCGCUCAUUUCGAUAUACCGGUGAAAAACAUGACUUCACGACGUGGAGACACAAUUACUCUAGAAUGUUUAGCCUUAGGUGAUGACCCUAUUGAUAUCGUUUGGUCGCAUAUGGACUCUCGGAUAGACUUCAAUACUUAUAGGUAUAGUAUUGUUCAAAUGAAAGUAGACAACGGUGUUCGCUCUCAAUUAUCUAUAAGUCAUACGGAAAGGUUUGAUUCUGGAAAAUAUAUAUGUUCUGCGGAUAAUUCGUAUGGAACUAGUGAACAUGUGAUACAUCUUGCUGUGCAGGAAAGGCCUGACGCGCCAUCUGAUUUAGAAGUAUUAGAAGUCGGAAGUAGAAGAAUAAAACUAUCUUGGAAACGGCCCUAUGACGGAAUGUGUCCAGUACUCAGCUAUCUGGUCCAAUACCAGCCGUUACGUAUAGUUAAAGAUUAUGUUGGAUCCAAAUUAGAAACAUCGUGGGAAAAUCCAUCCGUCGUUAAUUUGACCCUAUCUAAAAUAAACGAUGUGCAAAACACUGAUAGUUCUGCCCGAGACCAAGCUUAUGUUAUCGGACUUCAUCCAGCAACUCAGUACAUGAUAAGGAUGUUAGCCAUUAACGAGAUUGAAAGCUCAUCCUUUACCAAUCCCAUAGUGGUAAAAACUCAAGAAGAAGCACCCGCUGAACCACCAAGCAACCUGAAAAUAAAACCUGGUGGUAGAAGUGAAUUGAUUGUAACGUGGAAUAUUCCUAAUAAAAACUCAUGGAAUGGAGAACUUCUUGGAUAUACAAUAAGUUGCGUUGAAGAGAAACAAAAUAUUAACUACAUAGGUGACAACAACACAACAAACUUAACGUUCUCUGCAAAUGGCUGGGCCACUACAAAAAUGUCAAUUUCAAAUUUAAAGAAGUUUACCAGAUAUGCAGUUAAGAUACGAACAUUCAAUACUAUGUCUGCAAGUCCAUGGAGCCCAAUUACGUAUGGUACUACUUUAGAGGACAUUCCAGAAGCUCCCCCUCAAAAUGUUACAUGUAAAAGUUUAUCAUCUCAAAGUAUCAAAAUUGUAUGGCAUGAGCCACAGCUUCAAUUCCAUAACGGAGUAUUACAAGGAUACAAGGUGUUAUUCCGACCAUUGGCUAGAAAUAAUGAGUUUUUGCUUCCAUAUGAAAUUAAAAGGACAUCAAACUUGGAAACGUAUCUGCACGCUCUUAUGAAAGCAACGAAUUAUUCAAUUCAAGUUCUCAGCUUUACACUAUCAGGCGAUGGACUCUCAAGUGCUCCAGUUUACUGCACCACCGAGGAAGAUGUUCCAGAUCAUCCUGGUGGAAUCAAAGCCUUGACCUUAACUGCAGAUUCUAUCUUAGUGUCCUGGUUAAAACCACAACAUGCAAACGGUGUUAUUUCACAUUAUACAAUAUUCAGUAAAGAGAACGGAAAAAUAGGACUACCAAAAAGUUACAUAGUACGUAUUGAAGGAAUGCAUCCAUUACUAUACGAAGUUCGUGGACUUACAGAAAAUCGCAAGUAUGACUUUUGGGUAACAGCUUCCACUUCAAAAGGAGAAGGUGAAGCAACUCCUGUUGUAUCUCAAACAACCAGCACUCGAGCUCCAGCAAAGAUUGCGUCGUUUUCUCAAACCAUCAAAAUCGCUGUUAGGUCCAGUAUAUCACUGGAGUGCGUCGCAGUCGGUAAUCCAACACCAAGAACGCGCUGGAUCACGAACGAACAACCAGUAACCUUUAGUCCAUACUAUGUCAUAUCACAAGGCUUUUUGAAAAUUCAUAAUGUUGAACCAAAUCUGUCCGGAAACUACACUUGCUCUGCAAAAAAUCUCUUUGGUGAAGAUGAGAUAUCAUAUAUGCUCAUAGUACUACAAACUCCGAAUAUAACACUUUUAUCAAUCCAAUACGCAUCGUAUGAUAGUGUUCGUGUUAUAUGGGAAACCUCAAAUGAUAGUGGCGCUCCUAUACAAGGUUAUAACUUGUUCUACAGAGCAGCCGCGGGAAGCUGGACAAGUGUCUCAAUAUCAUCUGACCAAUUUGCUCAUACACUCAAUGGCCUAAAAUGUGGCUCACAGUAUAUUUUAAAAAUGAACGCGAACAACAAAGUAGGAGUUGGUCCUUCGACAGAUGAACUAGUCGUUUGGACUAAAGGCAAGGCUCCACAAAUACCAGAGGAAAGCGAUUUGAUAACAACAAAUUCAACAUGUCUCAAUCUACACCUCAACUCCUGGCACAAUGGAGGAUGUGCAAUAUCACACUUCUCAAUCGAGUAUCGUCGCUUGCAUACGCCUUUCUGGACAACAGUGUCUUCCGAUAUUUCUGGAGUAGAAAAAAGCAACGAAAACAUUUCAUUUUGUGAGUUUUCACCUGGAACGUGGUACGAGCUUAAGGUUACAUCCAACAACGAUGCCGGGGAAACAACUGCACAGUUUAAUUUUGCCACUACUACAUUAGCUGGUGAUAAAAUAUCACCGCCUGAAUAUCCGACAGUUGAAAUUACAAGCGUGGACAAAACAUCCAAAGACAACGACAAAGUUCAGUGGAUUCAAACCAGUGCUGCAGUUAUAACAUUAGGUUCGAUGGCCGUUGCGGUGCUCAUACUCAUUCGAUACAAAAGAAUGUACUGUUUCGCUGAUUCAAGAGAUUGCAUUAGUGAAUUGUCGAUGAAUGUAAAUCAAAAAGAGGAAGGCGAAUAUGUGCGGAAUCAGCAAGUGUACAGUUCAUCCCCAGUUAAAAUAAUUGACAAAGAAGAUAGCUCAGAGAUGUACGAAAUAUCACCUUAUGCCACAUUUAACGAUAACAAUGAACGAGUUGUGAAAAGGAGUCGCGAUAGAACUCCAUCGUCAAUGGAUUAUUCUCUACAAUUUCGUACAUUUGGGCAUCCUGAAAAUGAUCUCAAUGCCACUGCCUACCCGUUACUCGAAUGUUCUGGUUUUGGAAAUACCAAAGAAAAAACAAGUUGGCACAAGAAAACCCGUAGUGCUGGUAAGUACUCAGUAAAGAUUACGCGUUGGAUUUGAUUGUCGACA